UACUACUUCAUUGACUCGUCUAAGUGUUCAUAAUAAAUUCCACUUCCAUUCCCAAAAAACAAGUUUAAACUACAACCAUGGUUCAGCAAAAGAUAGUUAUGAAGGUGCAAAUGUGCUGUGAGAAGUGCAGAACCAUGGCAUUGAAGAUUGCUGCAGUUGCCAAAGGCGUGAAACAAGUGUCGAUAGAAGGGGAGAAAGAUCAGGUGGAGGUGAUCGGAGAGAGGAUUGACUCCGUGACCUUGACUAUGUCGAUGAGGAAGAAGGUUGGGCAUGCAGACAUCGUAAGUAUUGAAGAAGUGAAAGUGGAAGAAGUGAAAGUGGAAGAAGCAGUGGAGGAGGAGAAAAAGCCUUCUGAUGAUCCAAUUCCAAAUGCCUGGACACCAAGCUACUAUUAUGUUCCCUGCCUGCAAUAUCCCAAUCCCAUGCACUAUCUAGUGGUUCAUGAAGAACCAACCAAUUGCUCCGUUAUGUAACAAAUUAUUGUCGAUGUCAAUGAAUUGUGUAGUAACAAAACAGGUCGUCAAUCAGGGUUUUCUGUCCUACUUGGUUGAUAGGACAUGCUCCGGAUUUCACCAUGAAAUCUAUAGUGACCUGUGGGACCUGCUUUAGAAGAAAUUUCACAAAAAAAUUGGCGAAAAUUCCCCUAAAACAAUCAGCCAAAUAAAAAAAAUUUCAUCAAGUAGUAUGACUCUGCCAACUUAAGUGCCAUAUAAGAUGGUCUCUAAGCGACACCUCAGAAGAUAGUUUGUCUAAGUGCCAUAUAUAUUCUUGUAAUGAAAUCCAGGUUGAUGGUUUGCUUACCAUACAAACAUUAGUCGAUGUGUUUGUAUAUUGCAACUUCUAUAUUGAUUA